GUAGUCACUCAGGGCAUGCAAAGGUUAAAGCUCACGAUUAAAAUUUUUAUAUAACCGAACUAUAUGUGGAAUACAAUCCUACAGCUUUCUUUGCAGAUCAAGCAAGUGGCGUGGCUAGGCUGCAGAACACGGAAAGUCAUAAUAUAGCGCAACAAACCGCACCAUAGUGGGAUCCAGCCGCAAGCAAAUGGAGUUUGAAUCACGUACUAAAAAGUAUUCAUGAACUGUCAAGUAUAUACAACAUGGAUGUAAUCUCUAUCACACUCACAACAGCACUAGCUCAAGUCCAUAAAGUAGACACGGAUAACGAUCAGUGGUUGCCUGUUAUCGACGAUGUGGUGCGAGUGGGCUUAUACUACGAGGUCAAAAGCGGCCUUACACGCGUGUAUGCAGACGAUCCCACCACUGGUGAAUCUGUACUAAGCUGUCGAGUAUCUAGUAAUGGAAAUAUUGAAGUACCUAGUGAAAAGUUUGCUUGCUUCGAGAACUUACAGGAGAACAGCACGGUGGGGCUCAACUUUGUCGAAAAAGCUGACUGCGAGAAGUUUUCAGAUCUGUACCAACGAGCUGUGGCGCUUGAAUUACUUAAUAUGGAUGGGGGAACUGCCGAGGUUCUAUUCGACUUCACAGCGACAAAUGAUUUACAAAUCGAUCUCGUGAAAGGAGAAGCAGUUCGAGAAGUUGUGCACACGAUCCUCGACGGUUGGUAUCGCGGCACUAUCACACGGACUGGUACAAAGCACAUUGGGCUGUUUCCGAUCAUGUUUGUGCGUGUUGAUGCGGGUGUGGAGUCGGCAGCCACGCACCUCAGCAAAGAUUGUGACACUUCGUCGACCGGUCGUGGACGAGAGCUGUCGAUGAUAUCAAACUCAUCGGCGAGUGACUACAGCCUACAAUCGUACAGUUUGGCAAAGAACGAUACAUACGACAUUCGGAUGAUGAAGUACGAGCACAGGGGCCUUCUGGACGAGAACCAGAAACUACGCGGAGCGUUGGUAAAGUGCAGAGGUAAUGCGCUGGAAUGGGAGUCAACACUCGAGAACGCCAGGACUUGCAACGCAAAGCUACGGGAGAUGUUGCAACAGAAUGUAAUACUCGUCGAGGAGUGGCGACGCACUCUGCUGCACCACAACGACCAGGCCAACGCAUCAAACAAGCGCACAAAGGCUCUGGCUUUGCUCUCGGAAGAGUUCUGUAGUGUUCUACAAGUGAGCUGAGCUGAACAGGUGAUUCACCUCCAAUCGCCAUAAGUGGAUCUGUGAUUCAAAUGUUAUAGACAAUAAACAGGACCAUACCCGUUUUUUCUGCUACAUAUGUAAAUCAUUGCCGACCAUCAGAGGACGCAUUGC